ACCGGGGAAAUUCCCGGUAUCUGAAAUUCCGUGAAAGCAAUUCCAUGUAGCCGGAGACACUGUACGACCACAACCUGCUAGCCAAUCAUAACGUAAUAAUGAAACGGAGUAUUUCCGUGAAAUUUGGAAGGAAGGGGCAAUUUGGCAGACAUUUUGUGCAUUUGUCCUCAAGCUGGCUUUCCUAUUGCAGAGAACGCCCAGAUCUUAUCUCUUUGUGACGAUUUGUCUCGAGCACCAGCCCGAGGUACUACCUCGAAUACUCCAUCCUUUCCAAUUUCCACAGUAUAUUUCUCUAUUUGCUUCCUACAAAGCAUACGACUGUAGGCUAGCCGUUACUAAAGCCGCAUUUCUGUCGAAUUUGUGCUCUAUCUCUGGAGGAACCCCUGUUAAUUCCUCAUGAUUCAGGGACGGAUGGCCAAUGCCGGACUCCACUGCCAGGUCACACCAGUCAUAGGCGAAAGUUACCCGGUCAUCUCCGGAAUCCUUGGCCAAGCCAUGGAGCCAAGCACGAGCCAGUGGCAAUUUCCCGGAGCAAUGAUGUCUCCGAACCACCCCGGAAUAUCCCCAACACCCCACGCCCAAGGCGCAAUGAAGAUGGAGGCGUGCGCCAGGAGCAAUGGCAUCCAGCGUCUGCGCCCUGGGGACGUUCUUUACAGUAAGAAGAGAAUCGACCUUAGCUUCCACCCUGACUACGAGACGGAUAGAAAAGUUAUCAGUUUCGAGACCACCAUACAAGAGAUCCUAGAACAAGGAAAGAGUCCUGAUCAGCUUCCUCUAAUCGAAGUGAUGCAGGUCCAGGUCGGCAAGACGGUAGAGCACUGGGUCCUUAAUGGGAAUAAGAGACUUUAUCUUUACAAGAAGCUGGAGAAGUAUGGCCUGCUUCAAGAGAUACCGGUUCAGGUCAUUCCUUUCGAUCAAAACAUCUACAAUGAUAGAAAGAUCUUCUCGACCUUGAACAGAGGUAUAUCCAUCGGGAUCCAACUCCGUGCCAGUGAGUUCGCCUUCGAUAGGAGAUUGGACAUUCUGUGUCAGAGAUGGAGAAGCAGGCGAAGAGAAACCAAACCGGGCUUGUUGAAAAUGAGUUUGCAGCAAGCGAUGCAGAGUUAAAACAGGGACAAUGAGAGACAUAAUGAAAGAGCUCAUAAGACGGACAAUCUGUAGAGAAAAUAAUUUAUCCGACAAAGGGAAUAUUUGGAGAGGACGAUGUUUGUCUAAGAAGAUGUAUAUAAAGACAAUCACGAACAAUCUCAAAAUGUCCUCGUUGCGAAAUGGUCAAGGGUUUUGGGGGAAGGGUUUACAAACUUACCAACAUUUGCCUCCAUUUUGUUUUUUUCAGGGAGGACUUGAUUUUCGAUUUUUGCAUCCGGUGGAUUUGGAAAUGGCUCAAGACUGUGUUAUGAUGAAGGCUUCUUGUGGCUUUCUCGCGAUUUGACCUUUUUGUCAAACUUUGUAACAUGUAUGAUGCAGAUAGAGGAAUGUUUUGGAGAUCAUUCAAUUACAUGCUAUACUUCA